AUGCGGUCCAAGUUCAAGGACGAGCACCCCUUUGAGAAGCGGAAGGCUGAGGCCGAGCGCAUCCGCCAGAAGUACACCGAUCGCAUCCCAGUUAUCUGCGAGAAGGUCGAGAAAUCGGAUAUCGCUACCAUCGACAAGAAAAAGUAUCUUGUACCUGCCGAUCUCACAGUGGGACAGUUCGUCUACGUGAUCCGUAAGCGCAUUAAGCUUUCCCCAGAGAAGGCGAUCUUCAUCUUCGUGGAUGAGGUCCUUCCGCCCACCGCCGCUUUGAUGAGCAGUAUCUAUGAAGAACACAAGGAUGAGGAUGGUUUCUUGUACAUCACAUACUCCGGCGAGAACACCUUCGGUGACUUUUAG